AUGUCGAAGAUCAACCUGCACCCCCCGCAAACCUACUCGCGCCUGUUCCGCCCCUGGGAUACGCAGCGCCAGGCAGCCGCCUCAGCGCCCAGGAUGGUGAAGCAGGAGCCGGAGACCAUCACCAUCAAGACGGAGCUGCCGAGCACCAGUUUCGGCCACGACUGCCACCGGGACUUCUCGUCCGCGUCCUCCUCCUCGUCGAGCAGCAGCAACAGCAGCAAGUCCUGCUACGAGGACGGCCUGAACCACAGCAGCUACACCCGCACCUCCACCCCGCUCCUGGACGCCGCUCCGCACCCGGUCUUCCCCCACCCCCACCCGUCGCCCUCGGACCCGCCCUCCGCCAGCUCUGUUUCCUCAGCCCCGCCGCAGCAGCACGCCCCGUUUCUGCCGGCCGCCAGUGACCUGUACUAUGCCGCCGCCGCCGCCGCAGCAGCUGCCGCUGCCACUGCGCCUACCGCAGCGUCCGGCUUUGGCAUGGACCCCUUCGCGCUGGGCCUGAUGGAGCAGGAGUACGCCCGCGUGAUGGCCGAGGACGCGCAGCUGAAGGCGCUCAACGCCCGCAAGCAGCGACCAAAGAAGUUCAAGUGCCCCCACUGCGACGUGGCCUUCUCCAACAACGGCCAGCUGAAGGGCCACAUCCGCAUCCACACCGGCGAACGCCCCUUCAAGUGCGACGUGGACACCUGCGGCAAGACCUUCACGCGCAACGAGGAGCUGACGCGCCACAAGCGAAUCCACACAGGACUCCGGCCGUAUCCUUGCAGUGUCUGCGGGAAGAAGUUUGGGCGCCGCGACCACCUGAAGAAGCACAUGAAAACGCACAUGCCGCAGGAGCGCCAGCUGGGCCCGGCCAUCUUUGUGCCCAUGUAUCCCUACCUAUAUGGCUACUGA